AUGUUUUAUGAGCCUGGUCGCACAGAGCACAAUCUUCCACACGAUCCAUUCAAGGCCUGCGUCGUGCCCCGGCCCAUCGGCUGGAUCAGCACGGUCUCACCUCCGCAGUCCACGUCCACGUCCACGUCCACGUCCACAUCCAAGUCCACGUCCACUUCCACCGGGACUGCAGCCAGUGGUGAUGACCAUGUCCAACGCACCAACACACCAACACCAACACCAACAGACAACACCGACAAUACCGUCAUCGACGACGACAAGCAAACCCAAAGCCAAACUCGAGCCAAUCUCGCCCCCUACUCGCAAUUCAACAACCUCACCUUCGACCCUCCCUACGUCAUGUUCAGCGCCAACCAGACCGCCCAAGGCACGCGCAAGGACACGGUGCGCAACGCCGAGGCCACGGGCGUCUUCUGCUGGCAGCUGGCCACGUGGCCGUUGCGCGAGGCCGUCAACACGACCGCCGAGCAGCUGCCCUACGGCGUCGACGAGUUCGAGCACGCCGGCCUGACGAAAGUCUACUCGCGCGUCCUGAGGCCGGCCGUGCCCAUGGUCGCCGAGAGUCCCGUCCGCUUCGAGUGCGAGUACCACUCGACGCUGCGCCUGCCCGCCAAUCCCCCCAUGGGCACCGUCGACGUCGUCAUCGGCAAGGUCGUCGGCGUCCAUGUCGACGAGAGUGUCUUGACCGACGGCAAGAUCGAUGUCGGAAAGACUCAGCCCAUCGCCAGAUGUGGCUAUUACCAAUAUGCCGUGGUUCGAGAUACUUUUGACAUGAUCAUUCCGGGUGAUCCCGCCUCGCUCUUGGGAUUGGAAGGAAGCGUCAAAAAACACAGAGAACACAGAGAAGCCGCUCAAGGGAUGGGCGGGAGCGAACCCAAGCCUUAG